ACCAGUUUCAGAGUACAGAUGAGGUAAGAAGGGAAAUAAUGACAGAGCUGGGACAGAGGCUGUACUUGUCAGACAACAGUGGAUUGGCAGUGGUGUGUCACAGGUGUGAAAGAGAGACAUACGAGCAGACGUAGAGAGGUCUAAAAGGACAUAGAUGAUGAUACCUACUUCAGAGAAGUGUGCCUUAACCCUGGCGGCUGUCGUGGCCCUGCUGACAUGUGUGUUGCUACAGGGGGCCCAGGCAGGAGUGGUGGAGGACUUCAACCAUGUGGAGCGAUGCAAGGACUCUCUAUACAUGGGCACUCCACCCAGAGGCUACCUCAGCAACUCCUUUACGAGGAUCUGCCAGAGGUAUCAGGAUAAACCCCGCUAUGUCACCCUGUACGACACCCACAAACACAUCCCCAUCUAUUCGGCCUAUACAUUCAAAAAGUCAGAUGGGGAGAAGAAGGUGGACUUCCCGUGGAUGUUUGAGCCCCAGCUGGCCUCAGAAAAAAGCAGCAGUAACAUGGAGCCAUUCCCCCAAUCUUCAAGCAUGCAUAUGAACUUUGAGGACACCCAGGCAGUCCUGGAGGACUACGCUGAUGUGGUUCAGUACGAGCGUGGCCAGCUAAAUCCUGACGAGCAUCAGUCUGACCCUCUGGACAAAGCCUCUACCUACAGCUUGACUAAUGUGGUACCCCAGAUCAGGGAGUUCAACAUGGGUCCCUGGGCCGAACACCAGGAUCUCAUCCGCAAACGUCUCAACAACUACUGCCGUGGCAAAGCCUUCGUGGUCACCGGGGUCACCACCUCCGGGCACACGAUCCGUCGCAACAACCUGGACCGGGUGGCUAUACCCGAGUACGUGUGGUCGGCCUACUGCUGCAUUGAGUUUGACCAAAACGCGCCAUACUUUGUGCGCUACAAGUUCCCUGUGUAUGCAGCUUAUGGGAUGAACGAUCGUGUCAACAACCACAUGGUGGAAGUUCCUCUCAAGAACCUGGAGAAAUUCCUCAAGGGGAGGAUGGAUGUGGACAAGAACUUCCAGAUUUUCUAUAAUGACUGUGUGCCAAAUAACUGAGAUAAAGCGGGUGUGAUCUCUGUAAUAAUCCAAGUUUAAAAUGUGUUAGAAAUUAACUUUAACACUGUGGAAAGGUUUGGGGUUCUUGCAGCUCACAAUAUACAUGGGGCUAAGAUGUGUUGUCAAAUCACAUUAUAUAUUGUAAGAAAUAAAAUUGGGAAUUGA